GCUGUGCAACUAUGUCAUAUUCUAUGCAUUUUGUAUUGUAAUAGCCAACUCUGAUUGGCUAUUUCUCAUCAUAUGCCUUUUCUAUUCUUGUUCGUAUCGCAAUUUUAUUAUUCUUUGGAAUGCAUCCUUAGGAAGUACUGGCUGCGUUCAGCACAGAAAGCAGCUUUGUAAAAAUGCUGUGUAAAAAUCUUUGAUAUAAUUGGUUUUUGCCCAUAAUUACUCAUGGAUCUAAAUGUAUAAACCAAUCAUAUUAAAGGAUUUUAUAACAAUUUCAAAGCUGCUUUUUCUGCAACCAAUGCUUCAAACGCGUUUGAACGGUCGGAACUAGCCGCCAUAAAAGAGGAAGAAAAAGCGUGGGAAAUUUUGGCAAGUGAAGAAAAGAUAUUUGAUUGAUAUUGAAGAUGAAAUUCUCAUAUAAGUUUAGUAAUUUACUUGGCACAGUUUAUCGAAAAGGAGACUUACUCUUUUCUUCAAAUGGAUCAUCUGUCAUUAGUCCUGUGGGCAAUAGAAUUUCAAUAUUUGACUUAAAAAACAAUAAAUCUAUGACACUUCCUGUGGAAAGCAGAUUUAAUUAUGUUACUAUUGAUAUAUCACCAAAUGGUACUUUGUUAGUAGCAAUUAAUGCAGAUGGUGAAACUCAUAUUAUUAGUUUGAUAAGCAAAGUAAUUCUACACAAAUAUAGAUUUAAAGGACGACCCAAACGCGUGAAGUUCUCUCCAGAUGGAAAGCAUUUUGCAGUGUGCAAAGGAGGUGGUGUUUUUAUUUUCAAUGCACCGGGUUUACAAACGGGAGAUUACAAUCCAUUUAUUAUGGAACGUUCGUUUCAUGGGGCUACCGCUGAGACGACAUGUGUUAGUUGGUCCUUUGAUUCAAAGUUACUAGCAGUUGGUUCGAAAGAUAGCACUGUGAAGAUAUAUGGUUUACAAAAAUGGGCAAAUUUUAGAUAUAUUACAUUAGGUGGUCAUUCUGAUGUGAUUGUGGCAUGUUUCUUUGAAGCGAAACAAUAUGACUUGUACACUAUCAGCAAAAAUGGUCGAGUUUGUGUUUGGGAAUGUACACUUGAACCAGACGACUGGGUUGAGUGGGAACCACCUUCAAAAAAGGAAAAAGCCAAUGAUAGCGAUAGCGAGGAUGAUAUUGAUAUAGAAAAAAUUAUAGAGAGGACAGAGAAGCAAAAAGCUCGUGCUGAACUUGAAGUAUUAGACUCAGAUAUGCCACAAGACAAUACGGAAGAGGUCGUACAAGAGGAAGAUAAGACAAUCAAAAUGUUGGGUUAUAAAAAGCGAGCUACUUUUUAUUUGGCGGACGAAGUUCACAAACAAGAUAAAGAUGCGAAACUUACUGCAGCUGCUUAUCAUCAAGAUACUCAUAUAUUGGUUAUUGGAUUUAAUAAUGGUUCAUUUUACUUAUAUGAAAUGCCACAUGCCAAUUUGAUUCAUUCAUUAAGUAUUUCUCGACAACGUAUUUCAUCAAUCGCGUUAAAUUCUACUGGAGAUUGGAUAGCUAUAGGAUGCUCCCAUGCUGGCCAGCUAUUGGUUUGGGAAUGGCAAAGUGAAACAUAUGCCAUGAAACAACAAGGACACAGAACCAAUAUGAACUGUUUAGCAUAUAGUCCCGAUGGCCAAUAUAUUAUAACGGGUGGUGACGACGGAAAAGUUAAAUUGUGGAAUACGAUGAGUGGAUUUUGUACGCUCACAUUCCAUGAACACACUUCAUCGAUAUCCAGUGUUUUAUUCAGUCAUAAUCGUAAAUUUGUCGCAUCCGCCUCUCUGGACGGUACAGUGCGGGCGUACGAUCUAGCGAGAUACAGAAAUUUCCGAACGCUCACGUCGCCGCGUCCAGUGCAAUUCUCCUGCUUGGCGAUUGAUGCGAGCGAUGAAUUUAUCGCAGCGGGUGGUCAAGAUUUCUUCGAUAUCUAUCUGUGGAGUAUGAAACUUGGAUCUCUCUUAGAGAUAUUGAGCGGUCACGAGGGACCUAUCUCAAGUUUGGCGUUCAGUCCUAAUCCCGCUAGUACGGAAAUGGUGUCUGUAUCCUGGGACAAAACAUUGAAAAUAUGGAAUGCCAUUGAGAAUGGCUCUGCUCAUGAGACGAUACAAUUGACCGCUGAUGCACUUUGUGUAACUUAUAAGCCAAAUGGAGAAGAAGUUGCUGUCGCUACGUUGGAUGGACAAAUUACAUUUUUCGAAUGUAAAACAGCUAGACAAACGGGCUUUAUCGAGGGCAGAACUGACUUAGGCGCUGGUAGAUCUAAAACGGAUCUUAUCACAGCGAAAAAGAAUUUGCAGUCUAAAGCUUUUACUACAUUAUGUUAUUCAGCUGAUGGUUCAUGCAUAUUAGCUGGUGGUCGUUCCAAGAAUGUAUGCAUUUAUAAUAUUGAAGAAUCGAUACUGUUGAAAAAAUAUGAAAUUACUCAGAAUAGAUCUCUGGAUGGUGUGGACGAUGUUAUAAAUAGAAAGUAUAUGUCUGAAUUUGGUAACAAAGCUUUGAUUGAGCAUCGUGAAGGCGGAAAUAUAUCAUUACGAUUACCAGGUGUUAAAAGCGGAGAUAUGGCAAGCAGAAGAGUCAAACCAGAAGUGAGAGUACUUUGUUUACAGUUCUCUCCUACAGGGCAAGCGUGGGCAGCAGUAACAACAGAAGGCUUAUUGAUAUAUUCUUUGGAUAUUGGAUUAAUGUUCGAUCCAUUUCAAUUGGAGCUUGGAAUUACUCCAGAUACUGUGAAAGAAACGCUUGACAAACACGAUUAUGUCAAAGCACUAAUGAUGGCGUUGAAAUUAAACGAAAAAUUAUUAACUCAACAAGUUAUAGAAACCAUUCCGUAUAAAGAAAUUAAAUUAACGCUGACGAAUAUGCCAGAUAUGUAUAUAGAAAAGCUAUUAAAAUUUAUAGCAUCUGAAUUGGAGUCAACAAGGCAUAUACAUUUUUAUCUUUUAUGGAUAGAAACAAUCUUGACGAAAUAUGGAUCACGGAUCAAUACUGCAUUACAAAUGCCAGUGCUAUUAAUGCUACACAAAAAUAUGCAAAAGAAAUAUGAUGAUCUUAGCAAAAUAUGCGAUUUUAAUCAAUACACAAUAAGCUAUAUAUUGAGAAUAGGAGAACUGAAAUUUGCAAAGCAAUCUACGAUUAUGAUAGAUGACGAAUCUGACGUUUCUGUAGAAGAAAUAAGUAGAGAUUAAGCAUUAUUUAAAUUUUUGUUUUAAAA